AUGAAAAUUAAAAAAAUUAAAUUUAUUGUUUUAAGACCAAAAGAAAUUCCGCAAAAUAUAGAAAUAGACAUAAACUGCAACGACCAAAUUAAAAAUAUAAAGAACAAAUAUUUUGAAGAACCCAUAAAAAAUGAUUUGAAUGUUCGAUUUAUUUAUAUGGGGAAAAUAUUGGAAGACAGUAGAAAAUUAGAGGAUUACAUAAAUUAUUAUCAUAAAGAUUUAUUUUCAAAUAAUUCAAAUUUAAUAAAUAAAGACAAUAAAAAUGGGUUUAGCAAAUCUAAGGAAAACAGUGUACCCAUCAUAAUUCAUGUCAAAAUUACAGAAAAGUCUCUAAUGUCAAAAAAUGGUAAGUACGCAGCUAAAUGGGAUACUAGCCAAGCUGAUGUUAUUAACAUUUGUGUCACUACUUUGGGUGUACAGAUUUAA